AUGCCUCACUCGUACCUGGUUAUUGGUGGCAACGGUUUUCUCGGUCGUCAUGUCAUUGAGCAGAUUCGACUUCGAAAGGACAACUCGACCAUUUCCGUUUUUGAUAUCGCAAAGCCUGCCGAACCUGAUGCAGAUGUGACCUAUCUCGUUGGUGAUCUACGCAAAUUCGACGACGUGUAUGGUGCCCUUGAUGGGAUAACAGCUGUUAUUCAUACUGCCUCGCCUCCUCAUGUCAACUCUUCAAACCCACCUCGCGACCUUUACUUUUCUAUUAAUGUGGAGGGCACUCGCAAUAUCAUCCGUGCUUGUCAAGAAAAGGGUGUGCAGAUCUUGGUUGUCACGAGCUCUGGCAGUGUCAUUUCUACAGGCGAGCCUAUGGUCAAUGUUGAUGAGAGUACACCUUAUCCACCCGAGGCCAUUGAUGUGUAUACGGAAUCCAAGAUCGAGUGCGAGAAGGUUGUAUUGGCAGCCAAUGGUGAAAAGGGUUUAAGGACAUGUACCAUUCGUCCCUCAGCUAUCUUUGGCCCUGGUGAUCGUCAAGUGUUGCCUGGCAUGAUUGAAGUUUGUGAAAAGGGACAACAUCGUUUCCAAAUCGGCGACAACACAUCUUUGAUGGAUUUCACCUACGUUGGCAAUGUGGCCUAUGCUCACGUGUUGGCAGCCGAGAAACUCGUCGACCCUACAUCUCCUGCUGCUGGUCAAGCCUUUAAUCUUACCAAUGGUACACCUGUUCCCUUUUGGGAUUUCGCUUCCAAGGUGUGGUAUGAGUAUGGCAAGCACAUGCCCAAGAAGAACAAGAUCAUCCUUUCGUAUAAUGCAAGUAUGGUGAUUGCAUGUAUCAGCGAGACCAUUUUUAGCAUCAAGGCCAUGUUUGUUGACAAGAGCAAACUCAAGGAAGGCAUGACUCGAUCCCGUAUCAAACAAGCCAUGAGUUCUCGCUAUUUCAAUAUCUCAAAGGCAAAGAAGCUCCUAGAUUAUGAACCCCAGGUUGGUCUCGAGGAAGGCAUCCGACUUGGUAUUGCACAUUAUCAAGCCAACUUGAAGAAGCAAUAG